CUUGGGGAACGGGCGGUAUUUUUGGGAUUCGGUCUUUGGGGUACAGGCGAUUUAAGUAGCGUCGACCGAGGGGCACGGUCGCAGACCGGGUUGGUGCGAACAUGGUCGAUGCAAGCUUAGUCGAUGCGAAGCAGCGACUCGUGAAAAAGCUCGGUGCACUGCAGCAGCGUCCGUCUCGCUUUAAGUGCACUAGAGCGGUGCAUUGUGUUGAAGGGCGGUGCAUCUCGUUAGACGGCGGAGAAUCUCGUUAAACAGUGGAGCGUUGCGUUUCACUCACUACCACACACUACCACUCGCUAGUCCCCACUAAACCACCGUAACCAAUAUACGGUAAUCCCUCUUCUCUCCCUAUCCCCUUAACGCACUCCACACAGCUGCCCUCCACCACCCUCCACCGCCUUCCGUCUCCCUCCCCCUCCCUCCACCACCCUCGCCCUGCACUCUCUCUCUGCCAUGGAUAGCGCCAAGCUCAUCUUUGCAGAGCAGCUUGCUGGCUGCAGCACUGGUGACAAGGUUCGGUUUCUCGCGUGUGUUGAAGAAUACAAAGAUGGAAUUGUCGUGGUUCGCGACGGAGGACAUCGGAUCAAGUGCGAUGUGAGUGCUGUGCUGCCCCAAAUCCGAGUGUACCGGCACGAAUGGGUUCACUGUGUGGGCAGAAAGCGGGCAGACGACAGCGUGGACGUCCUCCUCUUCCAAUCGGCCGUCGGGAUGGACCUGGCUCGCUACCGGGAGAUGGUUGUUCGGCGACAGGCACAGGACGCUUUUCGGCCUUGACACUGGGAGCGACGAGAAACCGCUGACGAGUGGUCCCCCACCCUUCACGUGGGAUUAAUUUGCUCCCCCACGAACACCCACAUCCCUCCACUAACCACCACGUUCCCCCGCAUCCCUCCAGCCCAUCCCACAUCCCCUGCACUUGGUGUGCAUGUGCUAAUAUACAAGUAAGUAAGGAAGGAGAAACGGCGAUCCUUCCCGUCGGGCGUCUUGCCGCGUCUGCAGUCUGCGCCCCUAUAAUACAUCGACGCUGUUGUAUGUGCGUGUGUGUGCGUCGUCGUCGUUGCUGCGCGCGCGCGUGCUUAUAUUUGUCCGGUACUCGCAGCCCAAGCCUAUUUUUCCACGCCGCUGGAUGUCGAGUCGGAAAACUCGGUUUUCUCGUGGCCCAUCGGGUGGCCGCCGGCGCAC